AUGGAGUCUCAACCGAUUGCGGGGAUAACAUGGGGAGAAACCAUGCUAGGAGUGGACCUGUGGUUUGGAAUGAAAAAUAAACGGGGAGAUGGUUGCGCAGGAGAAAAUGAUAAACAUAAGAAGCAAAAAGCUCACACAACAGUGCAUGGGGAUCUGAUUGAUGUCUUUGAAGAACAAUUCGGUGAUUUGUAUGAUUCUGGGCAAGGUGUCUGGAGUGAGUUCAGUAAAGGAGUUGCUUCAAUGUUAUCUGAAAGUGUUGUCGCUGUUGCUUCAUUUAAGGGAGAUAAGAUGGUAUGUUCAUGCUCAGGCAUAAUUAUACUUUGCAAGCCACUCGUCACAACUUUGCUCACUUCAGCAAGUUUGGUGAGAUCUUCUCAUGAUGAAAGCCAGAUUGACCAUGACUUGAUGGUUAAAGUGCGUAAUGUGCAUGACCAGUAUUGGUUGGGAACAGUGGAACACUAUGAUCUUGACUACGAUAUUCUACUUGUCAACAUCCAGACCCCUUAUCUUUGUGUAGCACGCCUUUACCAUGAAGUGCAACUUGGGCCAGGUAGCAAGGUAGUAGCUGUGGGUCGUGUUUUCAACACGAAAAAAUUGAUGGCUGCAAGCGGGUUAGUGAAGGACAAAAGGGACAUAUCUGAUCAGAAAGAGUGUGCUAUCUCCACUUGUAAAAUCAGUAAGGUUGGGAUUGGAGGACCCCUUAUUGAUUUAGAUGGAAACUUUCAUGGCAUGAACUUGUAUGGUGAGGGAGAAACACCCUUCCUUCCAACGAAUAUAAUUCUUGAAUGCUUGAAGCGCUUUGGGCUAUCUCGGGUUGGAAAUAGGCAGGGAGACUAUUGUACAAGUGGGGAUGGGAAUGUAAACGGUUACCAGACUGAUUUGGACUAUCCACAAGACCUUGUUGAUACGAUACAUGAAAAUUUACGCUCUCGCAGUUAUCCAUUGCCAGCUAGAAUGCGUGUAGGCUUGCGUUUGGUUAAUUCUUUUGAAGAAGAAUUUCGCCCCCUCGAUCCUUGUAGUGAAGACUUCAUGAAUGAACUCAAUGUGGAGCUUGCGUCAAAGUUGUCCCAGUGUGUUGUCUCACUGGCUGCAUUCAACGGAAAAAUACGGCGGUUUGCAUGCUCAGGCAUACUUAUAAAGUACGGUCGAUGCACAAGUGUACUGACGUCAGCAAGUUUGGUGAGGUAUUCUGAUGAUGAAAGCAAAAUCAAUGAUGACUUGCAGAUUGAAGUCCGCCUUCCAAAUGGGCAAUGUGUCAAAGGGGUGCUGCAGUGCUGUUGUUUAGAGUACAAUAUCGCUGUUAUCAAAAUCACAAGGUUCACUGAUCUUUGUGCAAUAAAACUUGAACGCCGAAGGCAAUUCAAGUCUGGUAGUAAGGUGGUAGCCAUAGGGCGUAUCUUUGCUCAAGGGAAAUUAACAGCUACACAUGGAAUGAUUACUGACAAACUGAGCAAACUUGAUUGUGAGGUGCUUAUGGUCUCCACUUGUAAAAUUACUAAGGCUGGGAUAGGAGGCCCCCUUGUUGAUUUCAGUGGGAACUUUGUUGGCAUGAACUUUUGUGACGAUGAUGAAACUCCAUUCCUGCCUAGGAAUGAAAUUAUUAUGUGCCUGAGGCGUUUUCGGACUAAAGGGACCAAGGCUGUUGGAUAUAUUGAUGAGAGUCCUCGCCCAAACAAGUGGCCAGUGCCCGAGCCGUACUGGUCUUACACGUCAGAUGUAAAGCGUCUGAGUUUGGAAGAAGUGAUGAGCAGAAUUCCCAAGUUUGAUUGGAGAUCGACGUUCUGCUAA